CUUUCCUAAUAAUUGAUCGAUAUCAUGAUUUCAAGGAAUCUUUAUUAAAGCCGAAAGAAUCUUCAUUAUCUUCAGCUUUUUCAUUUCCGUCAACAAGUAUCUGCAGAGUCAAUAUACAUACCCAGUCCUUGCAGAGGAAAAGAAAGUGAACACCGCUCUCUUCUCCUGUGCGGUUGAAAUCUCGAUAAGUUUGUCUUCAUUGAAGUUCCAGAUUCAAUUUUCAGGGCAUACCCAACCAAGGAGCAGCCAUGAUUGUUGAGGAGGAAACUGGGUUUCCAAAAAGGCUCGAGGGAAAGCUUCAAGCUCUGGCUGUUUGUUGGGUUCUGGGAUUUGGGUCCCUUGUGUCAUGGAAUAGUAUGCUUACCAUCGGAGAUUACUACUACAGCUUAUUUCCAGGUUACCAUCCUUCGAGGGUUCUUACUCUCGUCUACCAGCCAUUUGCCGUCGGAUCAAUUGCAAUACUAGCAUACUAUGAAGCACGAAUCAACACCAGGAAGCGAAACAUAUUUGGAUAUUGUCUUUUCUGUUUAAGUACUUUCAUGCUAAUAGUUCUGGAUUUAGCCACAUCGGGGAAAGGAGGAAUUGGACCAUUUAUUGGUAUAUGUGCAAUAGUUGGUGCAUUUGGGGUUGCAGAUGCCCAUGUUCAGGGCGGAAUAGUUGGGGACUUGUCUUUCAUGUGCCCUGAAUUCAUCCAGUCCUUCCUCGCUGGCUUGGCUGCCUCAGGAGCUUUAACCUCUGCUUUGAGGCUGAUCACGAAAGCAGCCUUUGAGAAAUCCAAGGAUGGUCUUCGUAAAGGAACUAUGCUAUUUUUGGCAAUAUCCACUUUCUUUGAGUUCAUGUGCAUCCUUCUAUAUGCAACGAUCUUCCCUAAACUACCAAUAGUGAAAUAUUUCCGGGCAAAGGCAGCAUCUGAAGGAUCAAAAACUGUUUCAGCUGAUCUUGUGGCUGCCGGCAUCCGAAAAGCAGCAGCUCAAGGGGUGGAGGAUGAUGCUAAACUCCCUGACCGGCUAAGCAAUAAACAAUUACUCUUGCAGAAUAUAGAUUAUGCCUUGGACUUGUUUCUGAUAUACGUGCUGACAUUAUCAAUUUUUCCUGGGUUCUUGUAUGAAAACACUGGAAAGCACCAACUUGGUGAUUGGUAUGCACUUGUUCUGAUUGCAAUGUAUAAUAUUUGGGAUCUGAUAGCAAGAUAUAUUCCUCUCAUUGAUUGCAUUAAGUUGGAGUCGAGAAAGGGCCUUAUGAUUGCAAUUCUCUCUCGUUUCUUGCUCAUCCCUGCUUUCUACUUCGCGGCAAAAUAUGGUGACCAAGGAUGGAUGAUCUUCCUUGUAUCCUUCUUGGGACUCACAAAUGGUUAUCUCACUGUUUGUGUCAUGACUGCAGCACCUAAAGGCUACAAGGGUCCUGAGCAGAAUGCCUUGGGGAAUUUGCUUGUGGUAUUUCUAUUAGGCGGUAUAUUUGCGGGAGUUGCUCUGGACUGGUUAUGGCUCAUUGGCAAAAAAGACGGCUUUUAAGUAUUUGAAUGUUUGAGUU